CCCCAGACCUCCCAGAUAUGAAUAAAGACUUUUCAUCUAACUCCCUAGACACCUGGAGACACCCUUCCUAGGUGUCACCUAGUUCCUGAAGAAAACAGGAAAUGACUAAAUUACUGAAGUUCUCCAAACCUGUUACAUGUUAAGUAAAAUAAUUAACUCUCUUUUUCUCUAGUGGAUUUAGCCAGUUUAAGAAUCACUGGAAGCUAACCCCAAACCUUCUAGAUAUAGAUAAGCGUUUUGUCUAUCAGUCUUAUUGGAUGUUAAUUAAAUGAUUAUCUCUUUUUGCCUCUGAACCUGCAUAAAAACCAACUGAAGGAACGCUUUGGGGAGGCAGAUUUGGGAAAGCUUCCCCUGACUCCUGCCAUCAUAAGUAAACCUUUUUUCCUUCUCAGCCUGGUUUGGUGUGACUUCUAUUGGCCACGCCAAGCGACGAACCCAGAUUUGGGAAGUGCCCCUUCUGCAGUUUUGGCACCCAACGUGGGGCACAACGUUGUGGAUUCCUGGGCUCCCGAGAAAUAAUGUUGAUAUUUGGAACCCAUGUCGAACUUCUAUGAAGAAAGGGCAACGAUGAUUGCAGCCAGGGAUUUGCAGGAAUUUGUUCCUUUUGGUCGAGACCACUGCAAGCACCACCCUAACGCAUUGAACCUUCAGCUUCGCCAACUGCAGCCGGCCUCUGAGUUGUGGUCUUCCGAUGGUGCUGCUGGCUUGGUGGGAUCCCUUCAGGAGGUUACCAUCCACGAGAAACAGAAGGAAAGUUGGCAGUUAAGGAGAGGCAUGAGUGAAAUUGGAGAAGACGUCGACUAUGAUGAGGAACUCUAUGUGGCUGGGAAUAUGGUGAUCUGGAGCAAAGGGAGUAAGAGCCAGGCCAUGGCAGUUUAUAAGGCAUUUACAGUUGACAGUCCUGUUCAGCAGGCAUUGUGGUGUGACUUCAUUACAUCACAGGAUAAAUCUGAAAAGUCCUACAGUAGUGAUGAAGUAGAAAAAUGCAUAUGCAUAUUACAAAGCUCAUGUAUUAACAUGCAUAGCAUAGAAGGAAAGGAUUACAUAGCUUCUUUACCUUUUCAGGUUGCAAAUGUUUGGCCCACCAGGUACGGCUUGUUGUUUGAACGCAGCGGUUCCCCACAUGAGGCACCCCCAGGUCUUCCCAGAGAGCCCUUACCCACUAUGUUCAGCAUGCUGCACCCACUGGAUGAAAUAACUCCACUUGUUUGCAAAUCUGGAAGUCUUUUUGGUUCAUCACGGGUGCAAUAUGUUGUAGAUCAUGCAAUGAAAAUUGUUUUCCUCAGUACUGACCCCUCCAUAAUAAUGACCUAUGACACCGUUCAAAGUCUGCAUUCUGUGUGGCUUCUCCGGAGAGUCAAAUCAGAGGAAGAGAAUGUUGUUCUGAAGUUCUCCGAACAUGGGGGAACCCCACAGAAUGUGGCCACGAGCAGCUCCCUGACAGCUCACCUCCGAAGCCUCUCCAAAGGAGACUCCCCUGUGACGUCCCCAUUUCAGAAUUACUCGUCUGUGCACAGCCAGAGCCGCUCAGCCUCAUCGCCGAGCCUGCACUCUCGCUCGCCCUCCAUCUCCAACAUGGCAGCUCUGAGUCGUGCCCAUUCUCCUGCCUUAGGGGCGCAUUCCUUUGCAGGGGUGCAGAGGUUCAGCCUUUCAAGUCAUAAUCAGUCUCCAAAGAGACUCAGUGUUCCUCAUUCUCCAGGUAGCACCUCUGGUGACUCCUUUCUUGCACCUGAAACAGAGCCAAUUGUUCCUGAACUUUGUAUUGACCAUCUGUGGACAGAAACGAUUACUAAUACAAGAGAGAAAAACUCGCAGGCCUCAAAAGUGUUUGUUACAUCCGACCUAUGUGGGCAAAAGUUCUUGUGUUUUUUAGUAGAGUCCCAGCUCCAGUUACGCUGUGUAAAGUUUCAAGAGAGUAACGAUAAAACCCAGCUUAUCUUUGGCGCUGUCACCAGCAUACAGGCAAAAGAUGCAGCCCCGGUGGAGAAAAUAGACACCAUGCUGGUCCUGGAAGGCAGUGGAAACCUGGUGCUAUACACAGGGGUGGUUCGGGUGGGAAAGGUUUUUAUCCCUGGGCUGCCAGCGCCUUCCCUGACAGUGUCCGGCGCGAUGCCGCGGCCCAGCACGCCACUUGACAGCGCCAGUACGCCCAAGACUCUGGGCAAGCUGCCAGGGUCCUUGGAUGAGGUUGUUCUAUUGUCUCCAGUCCCAGAACUGAGGGAUUCUUCAAAACUUCACGAUUCUCUCUAUAAUGAGGACUGUACUUUCCAGCAGCUCGGAACUUACAUUCAUUCCAUCAGGGAUCCUGUCCAUAACAGACUAACUCUAGAGCUGAGUAAUGGCUCCAUGGUCAGGAUCACGAUUCCUGAGAUUGCCACCUCUGAGUUAGUACAAACGUGUUUGCAAGCAAUUAAGUUUAUCCUGCCAAAAGAAGUAGCAGUGCAGCUGCUGGUCAAGUGGUACAGUGUCCACAGUGCCCCUGGGGGACCUGGCUCUCACUCCGAGUGGAAUUUAUUUGUGACUUGUCUCAUGAACAUGAUGGGUUAUAACACAGACCGGUUGGCAUGGACCCGAAAGUUUGACUUCGAGGGAUCACUUUCCCCUGUCAUUGCGCCCAAAAAGGCAAGGCCUUCUGAGACUGGAUCUGAUGACGACUGGGAAUACUUGCUGAAUUCAGACUACCACCAGCAUUUCGAGUCCCAUCUUUUGACGCGCUCUCUGUGUCUGGACCCUUUGGAAGUCUCCCAGCUGAGAGAUGAAGGCUGUGCACAGAACCUGAGUCUGGAUUCUUCUACUCUUCUCUUCACUCACACACCUGCAGUUUUCUUUGUUCUUCACCUUGUCUAUGAGGAGCUGAAGUUGAAUACUCUAAUGGGAGAAGGAAUUCGCUCACUUGUUGAUCUUCUUGUUCAGUUGGCAAGGGACUUGAGAUUGGAGCCUUAUGUAGAUCAUUACUAUAGAGACUUCCCAACAGUUGUGAGAGCUACUGGGCAAGUGUGCACAGUUGAUCAGGGUCAAACAGGAUUCAUGCAUCAUCCAUCGUUUUUCACGUCUGAGCCACCCAGUAUUUGUCAGUGGGUGAGUUGCUGUCUGAGGGGUGAAGGAGUGCCGCCCUACCCGUACCUCCCUGGGGUCUGCGAGAGAAGCAGACUCGUGGUCUUGAGUAUUGCGCUCUACAUCCUUGGGGACGAGAGCUCUGUUUCUGAUGAAGCCCCACGGUAUUUAUCCAGAAUAACUGUAGCCCCUCAGAAGUCACAAGCAGAGCGAGAGGAAAACAGAUUUUGUUUCAGGCACUCUGCUACAGUUUCCAGUCUAGCGGAAAGAUUAGUUGUCUGGAUGACUAACGCGGGAUUCACUUUAAGGGACUUGGAGACUCUUCCCUUUGGAAUUGCUCUUCCCAUCAGAGAUGCAAUUCAUCACUGCCGUGAGCAGCCUGCCUCCGACUGGCCAGAAGCCGUCUGCCUUCUGAUUGGCCGCCAGGAUCUCUCCAAGCAGGCCUGCGAGGGGAACCUGCCCAGAGGGAGAUCUGUGCUCUCCUCAGAUGCUCCUUCAGGGACAGACGCUGAGGAGGAGGAGGAUGGCAUGGGUGACCUCUGCCAGGAGGUCACAUCCCUGCUGUGGAGCGAGGACCUGCGGGUGCAGGACGUGCGUCGGCUCCUGCAGAGCGCGCGCCCUGUGCGUGUCAACGUCGUGCAGUACCCGGAGCUCAGCGACCACGAGUUCAUCGAGGAGAAGGAGAACAGAUUGCUCCAAUUGUGUCAGCGAACCAUGGCCCUUCCAGUAGGACGAGGAAUGUUUACCUUGUUUUCAUACCAUCCUGUUCCGACAGAGCCAUUGCCUAUUCCUAAACUGAAUCUGACUGGGCGGGCCCCUCCCCGGAACACCACCGUGGACCUGCACAGCGGCAACAUCGACGUGCCGCCCAACAUGGCGAGCUGGGCCAGCUUCCAUAACGGUGUGGCCGCCGGCCUGAAGAUAGCCCCGGCCUCCCAGAUCGACUCUGCCUGGAUCGUCUACAACAAGCCCAAGCAUGCCGAGCUGGCCAACGAGUAUGCCGGCUUCCUCAUGGCCCUGGGCCUGAACGGACACCUCACCAAGCUGGCCACUCUCAACAUCCACGACUACCUGACCAAGGGCCAUGAAAUGACAAGCAUUGGGCUGCUCCUUGGUGUUUCUGCCGCCAAGCUGGGCACCAUGGAUAUGUCAGUCACUCGGCUGCUGAGCAUUCACAUCCCGGCGCUCCUGCCACCGACGUCCACAGAGCUGGAUGUGCCCCACAACGUCCAGGUGGCCGCGGUGGUGGGCAUUGGCCUCGUGUACCAAGGCACCGCACACAGGCACACUGCGGAGGUCCUGCUGGCCGAGAUAGGGCGGCCUCCCGGCCCUGAGAUGGAGUACUGCACCGACAGAGAGUCAUCCUCGCUGGCUGCCGGCCUGGCCCUGGGCAUGGUUUGCUUGGGGCACGGCAGUAAUUUGAUAGGUAUGUCGGAUCUCAACGUGCCUGAGCAGCUUUACCAGUACAUGGUCGGGGGUCACAGGCGCUUCCAAGCAGGAAUGCACAGAGAGAAACAUAAAUCUCCAAGUUACCAAAUCAAAGAAGGAGAUGCCAUAAACGUGGAUGUGACGUGUCCCGGUGCCACGCUAGCGCUGGCCAUGAUCUACCUGAAGACCAACAACAGGUCCAUUGCCGACUGGCUCCGCGCCCCUGACACCAUGUACCUGCUGGACUUCGUGAAGCCAGAAUUUCUCUUGCUUAGGACACUUGCUCGAUGCCUGAUUUUGUGGGAUGAUAUUUUACCGGAUUCAAAGUGGGUCGAUAGCAAUGUUCCUCAAAUUAUAAGAGAAAAUAGUAUCUCUCUUAGUGAAAUUGAAUUGCCUUGCUCAGAGGAUUUGAAUUUGGAAACUUUGUCGCAAGCACACGUCUACAUAAUUGCAGGAGCCUGUUUGUCUCUGGGUUUUCGAUUUGCUGGCUCAGAAAACUUAUCAGCAUUUAACUGUUUGCAUAAAUUUGCAAAAGAUUUUAUGACUUAUUUGUCUGCACCUAAUGCUUCUGUAACAGGCCUUUACAACCUAGAAGCUUGCCUGAGUGUGGUGCUGCUGUCUCUUGCCAUGGUAAUGGCUGGCUCAGGGAAUCUGAAAGUUUUGCAGCUUUGUCGUUUCUUGCACAUGAAAACAGGUGGUGAAAUGAACUAUGGUUUCCACUUGGCCCACCACAUGGCCCUUGGACUUCUAUUUUUGGGAGGAGGAAGGUACUCUCUGAGCACAUCCGACUCCUCCAUAGCUGCGCUCCUGUGCGCCCUGUACCCACACUUCCCCGCGCACAGCACCGACAACCGGUACCAUCUCCAGGCCCUCCGCCACCUGUACGUGCUGGCUGCAGAACCAAGGCUCCUCGUGCCUGUGGACGUGGACACAAACACACCCUGCUACGCACUCUUAGAGGUUACCUACAAGGGCACUCAGUGGUAUGAACAAACCAAAGAAGAACUGAUGGCUCCGACUCUUCUUCCGGAGCUCCACCUCCUGAAGCAGAUUAAAGUUAAAGGCCCACGAUACUGGGAACUGCUCAUAGAUUUAAGCAAGGGAACCCAACAGUUGAAAUCAAUCCUCUCCAAGGAUGGCGUGUUGUAUGUGAAGCUCAGGGCCGGUCAGCUCUCCUACAAGGAGGACCCCAAGGGGUGGCAGAGCUUGUUGGCCCAGACGGUGGUUAACAGGAACUCUGAGGCGCGGGCUUUCAAGCCAGAAACUAUUUCAGCAUUCACUUCUGAUCCAGCCCUUCUGUCAUUUGCUGAGUAUUUCUGCAAACCAACUGUGAACAUGGGUCAGAAACAGGAGAUUCUGGACCUCUUUUCGUCGGUGCUCUAUGAGUGCGUUACUCAGGAGACCCCCGAGAUGUUGCCUGCCUGCAUAGCAAUGGAUCAGGCUAUCAGAAGACUAGGAAGGAGAGAAAUGUCGGAAACCUCUGAACUGUGGCAGAUAAAGUUGGUGCUUGAGUUUUUCAGCUCCAGGAGCCAUCAGGAGCGGCUGCAGAACCACCCCAAGCGAGGGCUCUUUAUGAACUCCGAAUUCCUCCCUGUAGUGAAGUGCACGAUCGAUAGCACCCUGGACCAGUGGCUGCAAGCUGGGGGAGAUGAGUGUGUGCGCGCCUACCUCAGCGGGCAGCCCCUGGAGGACGCGCAGCGGAGCACACUGGCCUGCUUCCUGGUGUUCCACGCCGUGCCAGCUCCGUGGCACCUGCCACCCGGAGGACAAGAAGGGAGCUCAAGCUUUGCUGACCUGCUCUUCAGGUUCAGACGGCGGAACAUGCCGGUGCAGGCCCUGCUCAGGCUGGCGCCGCUGCUGCUCGGGAACCCGCAGCCCAUGGUCCUGUGACCCCGCGGCCCUCAGACCAUGCAGCCCGUGGUCCCGUGACCCCAGGGCCCUGUGACCCUGCGGCCCUCUGACCGUGCAGCCCGUGAUCCCGUGACCAUGCAGCCCACGGUCCCGUGACCCCAUGGCCCACGGUCCUGUGACCCCGUGGCCUAUGGCCCUAUGACCUUGUAGCCUGUGGUCCUGUGACCCCGCAGCCCACGGCCCUGUGACCUUGCAGCCCACGGCCCUGUGACCCUGCAGCCCAUGCAGCCUGCGGCCCCGACCCCAUGGCCCUGUGACUAUCCUGGAGGCCCCUGCCCCGAGAAGCGACUCUGCACAGUGAGCGGCCGAGCAUCAAAGCUGAAGUGUUGUUGUAUGUUUUACAAUACAGUGAGGGAAAGAGAGAGGCAUGGACCUCAUGUGUUUAAAGCGUACAUGUUUUAAGGUUUCCAAAAAAUGUUACUGUCAGUGUUCACGUUACAUGCUAUGUAAAACUGAGGUAAAAGUUACUUUUAUAAAUAAAUUUUUUUGUUUUCAAAA